AUGAGAAGUCCCAUAUGCUUGCCAUCUUCAUCUACCCCACCCACCCCCCCUCUCCUAUUCCCUCAUCUCCCCUCACCCGCUCCUCCCCGCACGCGCACCUCCCCUCAUCAGCACCUCCCCUCACGCGCGCCUUCCCCCACCCGCAUCUUCCCCCACCCGCAUCUUCCCCCACCCGCAUCUUCCCCCACCCGCAUCUUCCCCCACCUGCAUCUUCCCCCACCCGCAUCUCCCCUCACCUCCCCGCGCCAGGUGGUGCGAGCCAUAGCUCUACCGGAGAGCUCCUCUCAGCGGUACACGGGCAGUCAAUCAGUCACUCAGUCAUUGCGGGCUAAACCCUUCACAUUUCUCUCUUUUUUAUCUCCUCUCUUCUCUCCCUCCCAGGUGGUGCGAGCCAUAGCUCUACCAGAGAGCUCCUCGCAGCUCUACACUGGCAGUCAGGACGGGACCAUCCGAGUGUGGGACUGCACCACGGGGCAGUGCGUGAGUGUGGCGAGCAUGGGAGGGGACGUGGGUGCGCUCAUCACCAACUCUGGAUGGCUCUUUGUCGGCCUGCCUAACCUCGUCAAGACGUGGGUGCUGGCGAGUGGGGUGCAGGGAGACUUGCCAGGCCCUACAGGGUCGGUGCACCAGCUGCUGCUGCACAACGGCAUGCUCUUUGCCGCCUGCUCUGACGGCAAGAUCCUGUGUUGGAAGUUCAACCCUGCUUCCCAGCAGUUUGAGCCAGUGGCGUCACUCACGGGCCACACAGCUGCUGUGGUGUGCCUUGAAGCCACUGCCACGCACCUGUUCUCGGGAUCCAUGGACAAGAGCAUCAGAAUAUGGGACCUGAGCACGGGGGCGUGUGUGCACAUAGUGCCGGCUCACGACCAUGUGGUGAUGGCGCUGGUGGUCUGGCAAACGCACCUGCUCUCCUGCUCGCUGGAUGGCACAGUCAAGGUGUGGGCGCCGUCAGCAGCAGGAGGGGGCGCCAUCGACCUGGCGUUCACUCACACCGAUGCGGACGACAAGGGAGGCAGUGGGCAGACCGACAGGGAGCCUGAUGGAGCAUUGGCAAUGAAAGUGAGCACGGAUCUAGCGGGCAACCAGGUGCUCAUGGUGGCAUACAGUGACAAUUCUGUCCGCCUCUAUGACCUCCCAUCGUUCACAGAGAGGGGGGCGCUGUUCACAGUGCAGGAGGUGCGGUCGCUGUGUGUGGGGCCCAGCGGUCUCAUGUUCACCGGGGACAGUGCAGGCACGGUCAAGGUGUGGCGGUGGACUCACGGUUUCAUGUUCACAGGCGACAGUGCAGGCACGGUCAAAGUGUGGCGGUGGACGCAGUAA